AUUUCUCUUAAUGGAUAACAUAUGACGCAUUUUUGGCCAGUAUCUCACGACCAGCAGCGGUCUGGAUCUGAUCACUAUGGCUCUGUCCUAGAGAAAUUCAUACACAUCGUAUAGAGCUGGAUUAUUCGAAGCAGGUCCUGCACGCCCACGCAGAAACCCAUAGUUCAUUUGCACAGAGGCUCGCUGAUUUCAACAGUGCUUCGCAGUUAGAUGGCAGGGUGAGGUUCCUACCGACAGAAUACGAACAUCGUGGGAAACAAAACGGAAUUGACGGAAAUACUGAAGCAUCCUUCAGUUCCUGGCCGACAACGUAACAUUUACAUCUACAUGGGAAAAGUGUGGGAACAACAGAUGUACCCCCACUACUCCUAUCACUAUCCCCAAUACCUGCAAACGAAGCCACCUGUGGGCCCCUCGUCACACCCAAUGGCUCCGCCCAGCCCCAGCCCCAACAACAGCAGCAGCAGUAGCAGCACGGCAGGCUGGGAGCAGCUUAGCAAAACCAACCUGUACAUCCGCGGUCUGCCUCCACCAACCACAGACCAUGACCUGGUCAAGCUCUGCCAACCGUACGGCAAAAUAGUCUCAACAAAGGCGAUUCUGGACAAGACAACCAACAAAUGUAAAGGUUACGGCUUUGUGGACUUUGACAGCCCUGCUGCUGCUCAGAAAGCUGUCACAGCCCUGAAGUCAAGCGGAGUACAAGCCCAGAUGGCCAAGCAACAAGAGCAGGACCCUACCAACCUGUACAUCUCCAACCUGCCGCUGUCCAUGGACGAGCAGGAGCUGGAGGCCAUGCUGAAGCCCUUCGGACAGGUCAUCUCCACGCGCGUCCUCAGGGACUCCAGCGGAGGCAGCAGAGGAGUGGGCUUCGCCAGGAUGGAGUCGCCGGAGAAAUGUGAUGCAGUUAUCUCUCACUUCAACGGCAAGUUUAUUAAGACGCCACCGGGAGUCCUUGCGCCCCCUGAGCCCCUACUGUGUAAGUUUGCUGACGGCGGGCAGAAAAAGAGGCUAAGCCAGAAUAAAUUUGUGCAGAAUGGCCGUCCCUGGGUGAGAGAUGGAGACGCAAGACUGGCUGGGAUGACCCUCACAUACGACCCCACCACAGCUACCAUGCAGAACGGGUUCUACCCAUCUCCUUACAGUAUCGCCAACAGGAUGAUGGCUCAGUCCUCCAUGUCUCCCUAUCUCUCUCCUGUCUCCACCUACCAGGUACAGAACCCUUCCUGGGUGACACACCAACCCUACAUCAUGCAGCACCCAGGAGCGGUGAUAUCACCCUCUAUGGACCAUGCUAUGUCACUGCAGCCCACGUCCAUGAUGAGCCCUCUCACCCAGCAGAUGGGCCACCUGUCCCUGGGCGGUGCAGGAGCGUUUAUGGCCGCUAAUACACCUAUGCAAGGAGCGUAUAUUCCCCAGUAUGCACACCUGCAGACUACGACUCUUCCAGUGGAGGAACACGGGGGGCAGCAGCCUGGAGAUUCAUCUGGAGAUCAACCCCAGUACGCCUACCAGCAGGCCAAGUAACACAGAGGUGUGAGUUGAGCAGAGGAUUGGGACAACAGCUAAAACAAUCAUGUCUUUCUUGGAUGGCUCAAACAUUAAGGAAUUAUCACCAUUUUGCAGGUUCUGCAAUGAUUUCCUUAUGUUUGUGAUGAGAAUAAGUUAGACUAUUUUUGCUAUAAGUUCCAUGAGGUGCAAACAAAGGAUUAAUUACAAGAAAAAAAAAAAAAAAGUUUUAUUUUGAUAAGGAAAAACUAAACGUUUAUUUUUUACCAAUGAUUGUCACAUGGAUGCAAGAACCUAGUGGAUCGUGUGACUCCCUGUUUUAACUGCAUGAUAGUAAAGAUGUCUUCUGUUCAUAUUUUUAUGAUUUUAAUUUUGUUUUCUCUUAUUUUGUAUUGAAAUAGUUUUUAUCUGAAGAUUUAUUAGUGAGACAUCUUGAAAAUUAUGUUUUGUGCUUGCUGUGUGCGUGUUGCUAUGGUGAAGUGUUCAGUGUUUUUCCUUGUAAAGUGAUUUAUCUUAGUGGUCUGCUCUAGAUUGAUCUUGCUGUCUUAUACAAUUUGCCUUAACAAUUUCCGUACAGUAGCUGUACAGGCAACCUCCAAGGCUGGCCAUGCUAGAAAGGGAGAGCUAUUGCCUUGUAAAUCAGCUAAAUAGGGCUUUCUAUUGGAUAUAGCAAAUUAAAUCUGCUGUGUUAUGUGUUUUUGCUUUUUCCCCUCAGAAAAAAAAAAUAUCUGAGUCUGAGUAGAAAAUGUAGAGAGGAAAAAAAAUGAUUUUAGUGAAAUGAUCUUCUGAUUCUGGUUUGAAGAAGAUGUCAUGUUUCUAUCACCAGAAGAUAAUACAUGUCUCUCUGGUUGGUUGAAUAUGGUAGAAAUUAUGCUGAAUGAUUGCAUUUUAAAUCUUGCCUUUUUUGAUUCCUUGGUGUUGUAGAUUAGACAUGGGUGGGGAACAUUGGAGGUGAGGAAUAUUGGAGGGGGGGGGGGGGGGGGGGGUUGGAGGGGGGGGUUGUUGUUUUUGUAUUGUCUUUUGGGGGACAUUGUUGUUGCUCUGUCAGUUUGACAUGAUGUGUCUUUUUCACUUUUCAGUUGAAAUGCAAACAGGCGAACAUGGAUUGAUGAUUGUGCAAAACUAUCAAAGCCUUCCAUUAAGACUUAGGAAAACGUUCUAUGGAGUUUGAGUUGGGAGGAAAAACACAGAGAUAGAUAUGUAGAUUAUAUUGCACCUAGCUCUUUCAUAGGAAACAAACAAGCUUGGCACUUUCAAUCAUAGUUUACCUCACCAAAGACUGUGAGCUAGUAUGUAAAAACAAAUAGCGUCAUUUUUCUUUCUACCCCUGACGUAACUGACUCUUCUUCCAGACUACAUCUCAGUUUGGAGAAUGUGCCUUUUUUUGUACAUUUGCAUUCAGUUGUUGUAGGUUUUAUUCAAGUAUGGACACAGACGAACAAGAAGGAAGACUUGGAUAUAACAAGUGCCACACAUGGAUUUAAUCGCUGUUGGAAAAAUGCAAUGUAAAGAAAUAUGAACCAGAAAGGAAUACAGUUUCAAAACUAUCCAAUUACAAAAACACAGUAAUGAUCAGUUUUACAUGGUGCAAUGGAGAAUGUUAUUGCUAAGUACUAUUAUUUAGGAUCACAGUAGAUUAAGUUUGUCUUCCAGAAAGCCUGUGUUUAGACCUGGUGGUCGGACUGACCAGUUAUCUACCUCGAAGUGUUCCUUCUCCUCUGUAAGGCCGGGUGAGCAGGUCCAGCCGGCCCUCCCAGACCAAACGCCGCGCUCAGGAGCUGGCCUCAUACAGCUGUUUCCUUUCAGGUGGUUUUUAAAUACAUUUUUUUUCCGGACAUAAUUUUUUUUAAGAGGUUUUAUUCCAAUCAGUAUGGGGACAAUUGUGCGUUGAGCAUGUUUUGAGUUGUAUUCAGACAUUCAGUUUCAUAGUUUCAAAAGAUGAACUGCUGCUUUCAUCACAAGCGAUUUCAGAGGCUGACGGAGGUGUUGAAAAGAGAGGGAACACGACAGCAGAGCUGAGAGUGGUGGUAUUCACAGGAUCUGUGCUCCAAUAAACAACCAGGUCCAGACAGACCUGCAGCAUUUCCCCUGUGGUUGGCCUGCGUUUUCCAGAGGACAGGUCUGUGGGGCCUGUACUUGAGAUGUGUUUGAGGGCUGGCUGACACAGAGAAGUUAUACUGUUGAGUGCUUGUGAGGGUCAUGCUGCUAGCUGUCUGAACCGCGUGCCACACUACGUCUGGCUAGAGAUGGAAACGUGCAUCGAAGGGAGACAUGCUCAUUAAUUAACCAUCGUGUUGAACAGUCAUUAAGUUAUAUAAAAAAUAAUAAUUUAUGAAGAGAAAAAGUUUUGUACAGAUCGUUUGAAGAAAUAAAAGAUUUUCAUAGAGAUAUCUAUAUGAGAGUUAAUUGUUUUAUUUUGUUUUACAUGUGCCACACAUUUGCCAGUGGUAACUUGUAUGUCCAGUUUAAGGAAACCUUCUGUAUUUUUGUUUUGUAGUGUUUGUUAAAGCCAAAAAUAUGUUUUUUCGGUAGAUUGUUACCUAAGCUUUAUUUCUGUUCAUUUCUUUGAUUUUUUUUUUUUUUGAAUAAAAACUUCCAUUGGAACUA